GUGACGCCUCCUGGUCCCCCAUUCGCUGGGUCCGCCCGCCCAGCCCUGCCCAGACUGCGGGAGCGCCGCGCCCACAGCCCGCUGGGCAGCCCCGGACAGCGCCGGCAGCCCCGCAGGCAGCGGGCAGCACCGGACAGCGCCCGCAGGUUCCCCUCUCAGAGACAGCCCCCACCGGGCACCUCAGCAGAAAGAUGAACCCCACCGUGGGCAUCGCUGUCAUCCUGACAGUCCUCCAGGCUGCCCACUGCCAGAUGAUCAAGGACCUGAGUGCCUGCCUGCUGGGCCAGAACCUGCGCGUGGACUGUCGCUAUGAGAACAAAACCGACAACCCCCUGACCUACGAGUUCAGCAUCACCAAGGACAACAGGAAGCACGUCAUCCACAGCACCAUCAGCGUCUCCGAGAACAUCUACCGGAGCCGAGCCAACGUCACCAUGCACAAGAACCUGGUGUGCCUCCACCUGCAGAGCUUCACCACCAGCGAUGAGGGCAUCUACAUGUGUGAGCUGAGGGCCACCAACGACUACACUGGCAACCAGAUAAAGAACAUCACUGUUAUCAAAGACAAACUGGAGAAAUGCGCUGGCUUCAGCCUCUUGAUCCAGAACACCUCGUGGCUCCUGCUGCUGCUCCUUUCCCUGCCUCUCCUGCAAGCCAUGGACUUCGUGUCCCUGUGAAAGGCGAAACACACACACUCACAGCGCUCGCACACACACGCACGCACACACCGAGCACCCCAGCCACCCCGCCUUCCUCGCAGCCCCUGGAAAGAGAAGCUGAAGCGUCUGGAAGCCGUGAAA